GAAAUAGACAAAAGCGAAAAGAGGAACCCAUUACUAGAGUUUUAGCUCAUUUUGCAAUCCAUUUGGGACGCGGACUCCAUUGUUCACAGCUCAACAGUAUAACACUGCUCAGAAUUAUCGGGGAAAAUGAGGAGGGAGAGAGGUAAAUUGGUAUACAAGAUUUACAGAGCCCUAACUUAUGGCCUAUCGCCGCUGAUUCACCUUCACCUGCGGUGGCGCAAAUUCCGAGGCCUCGAACAUCCUCUCCGCUGGCGCGAGCGUCUCGGAUUCCCCUCUUUCCCUCGCCCCCCUGGCCCUCUCCUCUGGUUCCACGCUGUCUCUCUUGGUGAAGGAAUGUGUGCAAUUCCAGUGAUUAAAUGCUGCGUAGAGAGGAGGCCUGAUGUAACUGUCUUAAUGACGACUACCACCACAUCAGCAUUUGAGGUGAUAAAGCACCAGCUUCCAAAUAAUGUCAUUUAUCAGUUUUCUCCCAUUGACACUCCAGCUGCCAUUGAUGCUUUCCUUUGUUAUUGGAACCCAAAUGCAGUCAUUUUAAUUGAAAGUGAGCUCUGGCCAAACCUCAUUAUAGGUGCCGCAAAGAAAAGGAUUGCACUUGCAUUGCUUAAUGCUCGAAUGUCUGCAAAAUCUUAUGACAGUUGGUCUCAAUCGUUUAUUAUUCCUCUGACAUCAUUGAUGCUCUCUAAAUUCUUGCUGAUUCUUCCACUGAGCACUACACAGGCAAUUCGUUUUCAACUGCUGCAGUGUCCACCAUUCAUCAUAAAUUUUUGUGGCGACCUAAAGUAUGCUGUAGGAAACAUUGAGACUGCUGAAGGGGAUCAGAGAGCUCUGGAAGAGUUGCAGGUACAGCUUAUGAACAGAAAGGUUUGGAUGGCAUCUUCCAUUCAUAAGGGUGAAGAAAAAGUCAUGUUGGAUGUACACAAAGCACUAAAGCAAAUACAUCCGGAUAUCAUUACCAUCAUUGUUCCUCGGCAUCCUCAUCAUGGAGAACUAAUUGAUUUGGAACUAGAGAAAGAGGGAGUAAGGGUGGCAUUAAGGUCUCGUCACGAUAAGCUCCUGCCAGGAACAAACAUAUAUGUGGUUGAUACAUUAGGUGAAUUGAAAAAGUUCUACAGACUAACACCAAUAGCCGUGAUUGGAGGUUCAUUUCUACCUGGUUCAGCUGGUCAUAAUAUUUCAGAAGCCGCUGCAGCAGGCUGUGCUGUUUUGACUGGUCCUUAUAUUGGUCAUUUCUCUUAUAUGGCAAUACAGAUGCAACGGUUGAAUCCUUUGUCAGUAUUACAG